GAGAUAAAGGUUGAGAGGGAGAAGAACAGAAACAGUGUGUGACAUUAGAAAACAACUUUUCUGCCAGUGACGAAGGAAGUGGCAGCUGCUGCUGCUUCUCAGAAACUUCGAUCACCAUGCCCUUUCAAAGUAGCUCUACCAGGACUGCGAGGCACAGAUGGAUUUUGACUGGAUUCAUCGUUCUGUUAGUUAUGCUAGUUGUUAUUGUGGUGGUUGUUGCGUUUCAGCUGGGAAAGAAAGAGAGCACCAGCUCCGAAGUCCUGCAGUGGAAAGGCAAAGGGACCACUGAACAGCUACGUGAGAUCAUCCUGGGGAGAUGUUACAACUAUAUAGCUACAAUUAACCCUGAUCUAAGAGACAAAGACUGCAUCGCCAUCUGGGAUAUGCUGGAACACGCAUUUAUGUAUAAGCACCCAUGCAAUGCGACAGAAAAGGACUAUCAGCCCAUGAUGGAUGUUGCCCAUCACUCUAUCCCAUGUAACAAGGUAACAACAGUUUGUGCCCCCAGGAAGUCACUGUUUUGGAGCAAGACAAAUGACCUUGUACACCGUUACACAAAAGCUACUCGUAAUUACUUCACUUUGGAGGACACUUUGCCAGGCUACAUAGCAGAUGGAUUGUCAUGGUGUGGAAAUCCCUCCAGUCCUGGAAUCAACUACAACUCUUGCCCUAAAUGGACUGAAUGUGAGAAUAACCCUAGUUCAAUAUACUGGAAAAUGGCAUCAAAGAUGUUUGCAGAAGCUGCCUGUGGUACAGUUCAAGUGAUGCUUAAUGGAUCAAUAGGAGGUGGUGCAUACAGAGACAACAGCAUUUUGGGAAGUGUUGAAAUGGUUAACUUAAAUCCGGAUAAAAUCUCCAAGGUGCAGAUUUGGCUUAUGCAUGAUAUUGAUGGACCUCAAAGUGAAUCUUGCAUGGGCCAUUCUGUAACAAAGCUAAAAGAAAUCCUAGAAAGGCGGAAAAUAAGUGUCUCUUGUAAAGAUAAUUACAGGCCAGUUCAGUUGCUUCAGUGUACCAACAAUCCUGACCAUGCUGCCUGCAGAGCUUGCUCCUGAAAACAUGGUGCCCUGUGUUGAUAUAUCAUUACUUGAAAUUUUAUGAUAAGCAAUGAGAUAUAUAGAGAAAGUAAAAUGCAAAGGUUGAACUAGACAUGACAGGGACAGAUCUCUGUAUUUUAACCCAGAUCUACUCCAGAUAUUUGGUUAGCAGGAACUGGGAAGUGCAGAGCACAACACUCUCCCCCCCUUUAUAGCUUCCACCUUUAGUAAUCUUCCCCCUUACACCAGUUUUGCUUCAGCCAGGGCUUGAUCCUGGGUAAGCCCAACUAGGAUAAAAGCAUAGGAAAGAAUUGAAGCAGGCAGGUGAGUUGCAGGUGGGGAGUAUGAUAUCCCUUUUGCUCAUCUCACCACUUCCUUUAUCAUGUGAUGGCAAGGGAUUGGGGUUUAAACACACAGAUCUGCUGCUACAAUGCCUUGUCUGUCCCUUAGAUAACUGUGACUUGAGGCAUCCACAGAAUUGUACCUACAACUGUGUGUGUGCUCUUAAUACAGAACUGGAAGGGAGUAAUAGUUUAGAAUGACCUAGCUAUACUCUGGUUCACUAAUGCACUUCAUUUACAGUUUUGUGGGCAUAUUUCACACACAUCCCUGCAUGCAUAUAUAAAAUGAUAAAACUACAGAGAUCCUGUAAAAGGGUCAAAAUGAGCAUAAUUUUAGGAAGAACAAACAUUACUGAUAAUAGUAAAAAGAGUGUGCCUUACCGCUAUUGUUCCUUGUGUGCCCAGCCACUGCAGGGGAGUAAAAACCCAGGCCGAGACCAUUGCCUUCAGACCAUCUAUCCUCUGUUACAGCAGAGGAUCUAGAUGGCUACUGUCAUUUGAGCUGGAUUAAAAGGGGAAUGCUGGUCUCUCCUCCAGUGUUAAGACUAAGAACACACACAGGGCCAGUUCAUGAUUAUCCAAAUGAGCCCCCCCCCCCAUACUUGUGUUCUUGUGGGACGUGUGAAUGGUUGGUUUUAUACACACAGCAGAAAGAUAGUAAUGCUUCUGUUUGUGAAUCCCCGAUUUUUUGAUGUAAAACAUUACAAACAUAGUUUUUGUCACAAAAACUUUGCAUAUGUUGUGCAUAUGCAAAUGUUCCAACAAACAGAGAAUGCUCUACUUCCUUUUUCUUCUCUGCUUCAUCUUACUUACCUAGGUGAAAACACCUCUCAGGAAAUUGAUGGAGACCAAGUAGAGAAUCAUGACCACCAUGUAAUUUAACUAUUUCUUUUCUUUCUGAUAAUUUUGUACCACUCAAAGAGAUAAUGUCCUAGCUUUUCUGAAUUUCAAAAGUUGCCUUUAUUUUUAAUACCUAAUAAUUUUCUUUUUGCUUAUUAUUGAUUGUUGCUGCUGUUAAGGAUAAUGG